AUGUCUGAUAGGAGGAGUAGUCGGAUCAAGGUGAAUCGUUCCGAUAUUGCUGGUUCGGUGAAAAAGGAGCCCGUUUCUUUAGAUACUCAGGGAGAAGACAAGAGUGAAAACAACAUGGUUAAUGUCAAAUUAGAGAUGGAAGAAGGACCUGGGUUUCUUUUAACGUAUGGAAUCCAGAAAAGAAAACGACUCUCUCGAGGUCGUUCUUUAGGAAGAAAAUUUGCUAGAUUUGGGGAAAAGAGAGAAAGCGGCUUAGAGGAUCAGAAAAACAACAAGCAGUCAAGGUUAACAUCUCGAUGGAAUACUGAUAGGUUUAAGUUGGCGGAGCAAUCUUUGGUGGAUGUACUAAAGGAGAAAGGUGCUACUUUUGAGACUCCUGUUUCGCGGGGCGAGUUAAGAUGUUUAGCUCGUAGCAAAAUCGGUGAUACUGGACUCUUGGACCAUUUGUUGAAGCACGUUGAUGGAAAGGUAACACCAGGUGGUGCUGAUCGGUUUAGGAGGUGUCACAAUACUGAAGGAACCAUGGAGUAUUGGCUAGAGAGUGCUGAUUUGAUCAAAAUCAAACGUGAAUCUGGGAUUCCUGAUCCUAGUUGGAUGCCACCAGCUUGGUGGAAGAUUCAGAAUGCAUCGAAUGAAUCAUCUGCUCUUCUUAGGGAAGAGAUUGAGAAAAUGAAGAGUGAUAUCAAAGAACUUGCAUCCAAGCAAAAGUUACCAGAUCAUGAUGAUGCCACUGAGAAACUACACAAGGAUCUUAUAACUUGGAGGGCAAAGACUGAUAAGCAAAUUGUGGAUAUCUCAAGUUCGUUGACUUCAACUCAGUGCAUGUUCAAGGAAUUGAAUUCGUGGAAAGAUAAAGUAGAACAGCAGUUGGUGGGGAUUUCAAACUCGCUGAAGAAUCUGCAAGCAAAUGGGAGCACUUCAUUCAGUCCAGCUCCUGAAAGUUGGGAACAUAUAUUGCAAACUGCCAACUUGGAUGAUUUUACAGGGAAUGCUUUUGAACCAUGGGAUGUUGAUGCUGACCUUAUCGAGGUUCUAGCAGCGCCUAUCAGGCCAGAUACCUACUCUCUUCCACCUUGCAAAACCUCUCUCCAAGACGAUGUCUGGUUUGAGGAACAGUCUUUGCCCAAGAUCGAAAUGCAAAAGACAGAGAGCCGCAUGACUAAAGGUGAAUCCAGAAGCUCCAAUGAGGACAAAGCUGACAUGACUCCAGCUUCUUCAGUGACUCCAGGUUCUUCAGUGACUGCAGGUCCAAGAUCAGAGAUUGACGACCCAAAUACUCAUUCUGAGGAAACCUUGAAGGAGUUGGUGGCUUGGAAAGUGAAAGCGGAGCAGCAGCUAACGGAAAUGUCAAACACAAUCCUUGCUCUUAAGGGACAGCUUUGA